UGAGGGUAGAAGUUGAAACAAUUUAUGUACCUCCAAAGUCUCUUUCAACUCGAUUAGUCUAUACAUUCCAAGUUCGCAUCCCGCGCCCCGCCGUCUGACUGCUGCCGGGCGCCACCGCUUCCCUUCCUCCUCGGUCCAGGACGAGUAAAUCCGCCACGUGAUCGCCUUAAACUCCUCCUGGAGAACUCCAGGAGCCGGGAACUCAAGACUUACUCCGGCUCCCCGCCCUUCCCCUCAGCGCCUGGAGGAUUAUGGCUCAGAGCGGGACGCUGACGCUCGAGCAGGCACAGGGAGGGACUUACCUGCUGUGGCUGUUGUCGGGAACGGCGCUCCCCCCGCCUGCCGCCUCUCUCUCUCUCGCUGUCCCCGAAGGCCGCUCCGAAGCGCGCAUCCCGGAAUCCAUCUAAGCGAUCCCCUCCAAUCGACCGAGGGGGCAUCUUCUUCUUUUCCGCCUCAAAAGGAAAAAGUUUCAGCCGGCCAAACACGCGGAUUAUUAUAAUCAAGUCAGCUGAGACACGCGUCGAGGGUGGCGACGACCCCACGGGAAGGAAGAGCGGAGUCGCCUCAAACCCGCCAGAUCAGAGAUGUCUAUCCACAUGCUAUGCAGUGAUUUGCUUCUCAUGUUGCAAAGAAAAUUGAAUAUGGCCUAAUAGAAUUGACCAUUGAAGAGCUUAUGAUGUCCACAGGUACAAGUGGGAAAAAAUCCUAUCAGGCUGUGAGCCUAGAAGGAGUUGAUCCAGAAACAUGCAUGAUAGUGUUUAAAACCCACUGGGCACAGGUUGUGAAAAUUUUAGAGAAGCAUGACCCUUUAAAAAAUAUUCAAGCAAAAUAUGGGACAAUUUCUCCAGAUGAGGCCAGCACUGUGCAGAACUAUGUAGAGCACAUGCUCUUCCUUUUGAUUGAAGAACAGGCAAAAGAUGCAGCAAUGGGACCUAUCCUGGAGUUUGUGGUUACAGAGAAUAUCAUGGAAAAGCUCUUUCUUUGGAGCCUCAGGCGGGAAUUCACUGAUGAGAUGAAAAUUGAGCAACUGAAAAUGUAUGAAAUGCUUGUCACACAGUCUCAUCAGCAGCUGCUGCAUCACAAACCCAUCCUAAAACCAUUAAUGAUGUUGCUGAGUUCUUGCUCAGGAACUACCACACCACUCGUUGAAGUAGAGUUGGUGGUUCUUCUCAACCAACUAUGCUCAAUCCUAGCCAAAGAUCCGUCCAUUUUGGAACUUUUUUUCCAUACCAGUGAGGACCAAGGAGCUGCAAACUUUCUAAUCUUUUCUCUCUUGAUUCCUUUUAUCCAUCGGGAAGGGACUGUUGGCCAACAGGCUCGUGAUGCACUACUUUUUAUAAUGUCUCUUUCUUCAGAAAGUUGUGUGGUUGCUCAUCAUAUAGUAGAGAAUACUUAUUUUUGUCCGGUGCUAGCAACAGGCUUAAGUGGUCUAUAUUCAUCUUUGCCUACGAAACUGGAAGAUAAUGGAGAAGAAUGGCACUGUCUUCUAAAAGACGACUGUUUACUUUCUCCAGCUCUUGUACAAUUUAUGAAUUCUUUUGAAUUCUGCAAUGCAGUAAUUCAGGUGGCACAUUCUUUGAUUCGUAACCAGCUUGUGAACUACAUUUAUAAUGGAUUUUUGGUUCCAGUUAUGGCCCCAGCUCUCCAUAAGGUGACAGUGGAAGAAGUGAUGACCACAACUGCAUACCUAGAUCUCUUUUUACGGAGCGUUUCUGAGCCAGCCUUACUCAAAAUAUUUCUUCGUUUCAUCCUUCUGCACCGUCAUGAGAAUGUGCAUAUCUUGGACACUCUUGCAAGCCGGAUAAAUACGCCAUUCCAGCUUUGUGUGGUGUCCUUGGCAUUGUUCAAAACACUUAUCAGUUUGCAUUGUGAAGAUGUGAUGCUGCAGCUAGUUUUAAGGUACCUGAUACCCUGCAAUCACAUUAUGUUCAGCCAGAGAUGGGCUGUGAGAGAGAGAGAUUGGUAUUCUGUAUCUGCUGCUAAGCUGCUUGCCUUGACUCCUGUCUGUUGUUCAAGUGGCAUUACUCUGACUUUUGAAAAGCAAGAAAAAGAUUAUAUUCUCUGGAAAAAAAAUAAUCACGGGGAAGAUCCUACCGAAGAGCCCUCCAGGAAGAGCAUUGCAGAUUCCGCAUGUAUUGUGAAAUAUGGCAAAACUAUUGAUAUCAGUUACCUACAGUACCUUUGGGAUGCUCAAACUCUCAUACUGCACUGUAUGAAAGAUUGUGAAGUUUGGUCUGCUCCAUAUGAUGGGGAAAAUCCCAAUCCAUAUACUUUUAUCCAAACUUCGGUUGAAGAAGAUGAUAAAAACCUAGAUCAGCCUAUUUUCCAACUGCAACACAGAACAUCUAGUAAUCAUGUCUCUUCUCAGGUAAGACCAUUAAGAGAAAAGACACAACUGGAGCUGGAAUGGGAUGAUAGUUAUGAUACUGGGAUCUCUCCGGAUUCCGAUACAGGAUCUCCCCAGCAUGAUGAUGAGUUUAAUACCCAACCUCCUGCAGAACCACCAAAGCACAUUCAGGAAAUGAAGAAAAAUGCUAUAAUGUUGAUCAAAGGAUCGUACAUAGAAGAAUCAGACUUUCAGGAUGAUGUUAUGGUUUAUAGGCUAUGUGCCGAAAAGGAUACACAGGAAGCAGACCGCUUACAGGAGGAACCUUUAAUAUCAGAAUCUGCAGAUGUAGACAAUCCAGAUGCUAUCUCUACCAAUGGUCCUCUAGAAAGUUCCCCAUCGGAUUUAAAUUUGGAGGAGCGCAAUAUGAAAAAUUUAAAUCUGAUCCAACAAGCAAAAGAUGAAACCCAAGGUAGCAUUGAUGAAACGACUCUGCAACUUGAUUUGGAACACACAUUGUCUUCCCCAGAAGGAGAUCAUAACACCAACAUGAAGUUGUUGAGUCCUGACGGUGAAGAUUUUAUUUCCGAAUGUGAUAACAUCAUUAAAGAAUUGGACACAAACCCUACAGGCUUGGUAGAACUGAAACUGCUGAUUCCUGAUCCAGUAUCCCCUAUUGAAGAGGAAGAAGAUUUUGAAAACUUUUCAGCAGAUACUCCAUCAGCAGAAAGUGUUCCCUCACCCUUUGGUUUAAAAGAUGCCUGGCCCAGCAACCCUGCAAGAGUCCAGAAUAUCCCAUUUACAGGCCCGUUUAUCAGCGUGGUGCUAUCAAAACUGGAAAACAUGUUGGAAAACUCAUUGCAUGUAAAUUUACUACUUAUUGGAAUAAUUACUCAUCUGGCCAGUUACCCACAACCUCUUCUUCGUUCUUUUUUGCUCAAUACAAAUAUGGUAUUUCAGCCUAGCGUGCGGUCUCUGUACCAGGUGCUGGCAUCUCUAAAGAAUAAAAUUGAGCAGUUUGCUUCCAUUGAAAAAGAUUUCCCUGCUCUCCUAAUACAAGCACAAAAGUACCUGCUUUUACGAGUAGAUGCACUGGAUGUUCCUUCAGAAUCAUUAAACAAAGACAAUGGACAGCCGAAGAGUGUCACAGAAAAGGUUAAGAACCUCUCAGAGGCAUCCCAAGCCCUCUUCCAGACUUACUUGGGAAGUAAAGCAAAAAAAGGCCCUGGUCUCCUCAAAGUCCCAGGGCACAUUCCAAACGCCAUCCUUGCGGCAGCCCUCUUCCCAGAGUUUCUCAAGGAACUAGCAGCUCUCGCCCAGGAACAUUCGAUUCUCUCCUAUAAAGUAUUGGGUGGUCUUGGGGAUUACUACCCAUCGUAAAACAUUUAAAAUAUGUUCUCACAUUUGUUUUAAAUGCGGAACUAACGAAACAAAUGUGAACUUCACAUUCCUGGUAUUACUUGAUUCAGGAGAAAUUGUUACUUUUGGGGUUGUAAGAAAUUGAUUAGUAAUGAAGCCAAUACUUUAUUUAUGUCCUUUGGCUGACUUUCAGGUAUUCUCUUUUAAACUUUGCUGUUGUGAUCUUCUGGGUUAAAAAGAUACAGUUAUACCAGCAAGUUAAACAAUCUGUUAACUCUCUUUCUUGCAAAGAUUUAUUAAGUCCAGCAUGACAAUCCAGUAAGACGAUCACUGUUGAAAGGGGAGCUAGCAAUCUUUUCUCCAAUCUUCUACCUUACCAGUGAUUAGACUUUUGAAUCCAAAUGGGUUCACUCUAAGCCUGUGAUUUGCCUAAAGCAGAUGGGAGUGCUGAAUGCAUACCACGUUGCCUUAUGUGGUGGACAUGUCUGGUCCUCUAAGCCGGGGUGGGUGGGGUCAAACUCGAUUUCAUUGAGGACCGCAUCAGGGUUGUGUUUGACCUCAGGGGGCUGAGUGUGUGUGGCUGGGGUGGGCAUGGCCAGUUUGACAUCCUGUAGCCCUCUGCCAGAGAAAAGGGAGAGAUCUAUUUUUCCGGGCAGAGGGCUGCAGGAGGCCGUCGCAGCCAAAAACAGAACCCGGGAGGGAUGUGCACAGCCCUUGCAAGCUCUGUUUCGCUGACAGAGGCACCACGGGCCGGUCCUUCGCUGUUUCCAGGUUCGCCUCAUGAGCCAGAUCCAAGCACCCCAGAGGCUGGAUCCGACCUGUGGGCCUUGAGUUUGACACCCCUGCUCUAAGCUGUUGACUUCUUUGAAAUUUAGAUUAAAUGAGUACAGCAAGUGGAUGUUAAAUUCUGACUGCAGAGUAUUUUCUUGCCAUUUCUUGGCAUUUUUAUUUUAAAAAAUGUUAGAUUGCUGCUAAAAAAAAUAAUCUCAAGCCUUAUUUUAAUAAAAUUUGCACAGGGCGAAAUAUUUCUAUGCAAGCUGUAACUUUUAUUUGCAGUAUAUGUUUAUAUACUUUUGUUGACAAGCUGAAAAGCAAAGGUAGUCUUAGGAAUGUAAUGAUUCCUAAAAAUUGUGAUUGUAUAUUUUGUAAGGUUUUUUUUUUAAAUGAAAAUGGUAAAUUUCCAAAUUGUUUUUAAUGAAAUUUUAUUUAGUUCAAGAAAAUCUUUGUGGUACAUGCAUAUAUUGGUUAAAUCUUUUUGAUGCACACUGAUUCGUUGCAAGAUGGCACUUUAUAGACAUGGCUUUAAUAUAUUGCUGUACUAGAAUUAGAAAAAAAAAAGAUUGUUUUCUGGGAUAAAUACAGUGCAACCUAUUACAAUUGGUGUAGAAUUCCUUAAGAACAUUUUCUUUUUUUGAGUAAUGAGACUCAUUAGAAGAGUCCAGACAUGAUGAAUUGGUAUAUUAUAGCUGCAUUCCAGUUUGCACUAGUAAGAGAUUAAUGGUCCUUCCAGUGGUGAAGCUAACUUUGAGCAAUAAGUGGCCCAACAAUUGAAAGCCUUCAUUUUCUUUUUCAUUGGUGAAAAGGAGAAGCUAUUUUAGAAAAAAAAAUGGGCAUAAAGACCAAGCUAGAAAACAAUUCUUUUCAUCUGUUUUUAAAUUAUAUUUAGAAGAACUAAUAACUGCAGGGAAAAUUUGUAAUUCCUUUGGUAAGAGUUAAUAUAGCACCUCAAAGCAUAGAAAGUAAAGCAGAAUCUGCCUGUGUAUUUUUCAGUUCAUCGAAAUAUUGCAGGAUGUAAAAAUCUUCUUAAAUUUAUAAGUAUUGUAUUCUGUCCAAAGUUCCAUGUUUGUUCAUACCAUAUCUCAGCUCUUUGCCUUUCUUUUGGCAAGCAGAACACUGUAGCAUCUUGGGCAUCUUACAUUUGUCUUUAGAUCUGAAGUUGUUCCCCAUAGCAAUUCCUUCGAGUAUAAUUAUUCCAGACUAAGGAAAAAAACUAUGGAUUAGUAGUCAACUGAAGGCAAAAUGGUCUCCUAUUGAACCGAUGGGUAAACAGUUCAACAAAAAGAACAAUGGAAGAUUAUUUCGAUAUACAGGUAUUCCUCGAUUUGCAACCAUUCGUUGAGCAACUGUUCAAAGUUACAGCGGCUUUUCAUCUCGUGAUCAUUGUUUGGGUUUUCACACUUAUGAGCAUUGCAAUAUCUCCAGUUACGUCAUCAAACUUUGGUUCCUUGGCAACCAGCAUGGGUUUACGAUGGUUGCAGCAUUCCGGUGUCCUGGGGUUAACAUUUGCAACCAGCUUAGAAAGCAAAGUCAAUGGGGAAAGCCACAUUCACUUAACAACCAUGGCAAAAAGUUAAAAAAAAUGGGGCAUAACUCACUUAAAGUCUUGCUUAAGCAAUGGAAAUUUUGGGCUCAAUUGUGGUCAUAAGUUGAGGAUUCCAGUGGCAAAAUUACUAUAUGCACAAAGAUGAACAGAUUUGCUAUCAUGGAGGAAUGGUUGGUGAAAUUGACGGAACUUGCCCAGAUGAUGAGACUCACUUCUUUGAUUAGAAAAAGGACAAUAUCUACAUUUGUUGGUGACCUUAUUGAUUUUUUUUAAUGUAAAAAAAUGAUUUUGUGACUUAUGGUUUUGAAGAUUAGAAAGACAAAAAUAGAAAAAAAUGACUAUGUAAGCUGAGAGAGGCUUUAUGAGAAUAAUAUAUAUAACUGCAGAGAGGGAGAUUGAAAGCCACUUCUUUUAUUUUCUGUUCUUUUAUUAUUAUUUUUUCUUCUCUUUCUUUCCUUUUUUAUUUUUCACAUUAUUUUUUUCUUUGAAUGUAUUUCUUAUUAUGUAUGUAAAAGCUUUUAAUAAAAACUAUUUUGAAGAAAGUAAUUGGCAUUGUACCACCCACUACAUAUUGAGAAAAUAAUACAUGACUGACUGGUUAUUUUUCCGACAAGCAAUUAUUUUAUCUUUCCUCCAUCUAUCUUCAACCUUAUCCAAAUACUAGGAUCAUCUAAAUCAGAGGUGUCAAACUGGCAGCCCAUGGCCCGAAUGCGUCAUGUGCAGGCUAUGCCU